CUUCUUUCCUCCAAAAGCAUACGACCGACGGCGGCUCGACAAUGACCGAGCGGCAACAAGAGAACUCGCAGUUGACGGACUUGCAGAAGUACCGGUCCCAGACGAUGAAGGACUACGGCCUCAUGAUCGAGUACAAGCACAUGAAGCACCACGUGCCAAGCGGCAUUUACGUCCUGCCAAACUUUGACGAACCCCGAUUGUGGCAUGGCGUCAUUUUCAUUCACCAAGGUUUGUACCGCAACGGCAUCUUCAAGUUCUCCAUCAGGAUUCCCGAAAUGUAUAACGCCAUCGGGACGUACCCCAAAGUUACGUUCUUCUCCAAAGUAUUCCAUCCUUAUGUGUAUCCCGAGUCGAACGACCUGGACUUGCUACCGAAGUUUCCAACUUGGGACCCCGACCUCCAUUACAUCGUGUCGGUCCUUGUGUACAUGAAGAGCAUCUUCUACUCGAAGGAGUUUUCGCCGGACAUCCGACGGGUCGCUAACGCCAAGGCCCUUGAUCUGUUUCGCCGACACCCCGAAGCUUACGUGGAACAAGUGGAUGCAUGUGUCCAAGCGUCGCUAACGAAUUUGUACCAGAACGAACCUGGAUCGAGUCUGCGCUUUACCAAACCCAUUCCUGCCCACGAAACGUUGCGUCAGGAGUUCCUGCAACAGCUGGGCACACCCGCGUCGCCGCAGGAUCCGUCGUCGACACCGGACCAGCCGCGGCCGGACGACGCGACCAACAUGAACGACGUUGCGUUGGACGGCUUGUCGAAUCAAGCAGAUCAAACAGGGACAGUUCCGUCGCAAGACAGACAAGUCAUGGAUGAUCCGAUGGAGUAGUCCAAGCAGAAUUGCACGCCAGACGUAGGACGCAUAUACACACAGAUCGUGGCAUUGUACAUUCACCCAACGCGUUCUCCC